CGAGAGUUCUAUCGGCCAUAGUGUUCUGUGUAAUGCACUGUUUCGAAACUGUACGCUAAAAGAUCAACAUAAAAUGAGUGCUUAUGGGUCUGUGGGAUAAGUUAAAGAUUUGGUUAAUCAUGUUUCAGAAGUAGGUCUUACGAGAAAUGGUAACUGGUGAAAACGACCUGACUCAAAUUGUGCCAAUGGAGGGUGUGUGUGUUGCUGAUGAGGAGAAGGUGCUCUGUAUCAUCACGGACCUGGUGAGCGUCACCAAGCCUGGAUGCAAACACAGCCUGAACCUCCCAGCAUCCACUUCCGUGAGGGACGCACUGAAGGAGAUAACGAAAAUCUGUAACUACGACCCUGACACUGUCCUCAUUCACUACGAAAUUUCGCAUGGAGGAGGCGAUGAUGAUGUGAUUCUCAGUGACGUACGUUGUUCCAUGACGUACCUGAUAAAGCACUCGGAUCAAUCGUACUUCCAAGCAUACGAAAGCACUCCUUCACUGUCCAUGAGAAGGAAGGAGUUACACCCAAAAAGAUUGAGAGUGAGACGUCCACAUCUGGCUAUGAGAGUCAGGCCUCCAGCAGCACUUCGUACACAAGCGGCGACACCUACACCAACUACUCCUCCGCGUCACACACAGACGCCUCCUACUCGUACACCUCAUGAAGUUGCAAAGAGCAUCCCCUUUCAGCUCCAGAAUCUGUUUCUACAACUGCAGACAAGUAAGAAGAAGUCAGUGGAGACAACUGACCUGACCCGCAGCUUUGGCUGGGACAGCAGUGAAGUGUGGCAGCAGCAUGAUGUACAGGAGCUGUGUCGAGUGAUGUUUGACGCCCUGGAACAUGCGUGGAAGAACACAGACCAGGCCCACCUCAUCAAUCAGCUCUACCAGGGCAAGCUCAAGGACUACGUCAAAUGUCUUGAAUGUGGCUAUGAGAGUGCUCGCACCGACGCCUACCUAGACAUUCCCCUUGUUAUCCGGCCAUUUGGAUCCAACCAGGUGCAUGGAAGUGUGGAACAAGCAUUAGAUGCCUUUGUUCAGCCUGAGAUUCUGGAUGGAAGCAAUCAGUAUUUCUGUGAACGUUGCAACAAGAAGUGCAAUGCACAUAAGGGUUUGAAGUUUGUGUCAUUUCCCUACCUCCUAACGCUACAGUUGAAAAGGUUUGACUUUGAUUAUGCAACAAUGCACCGCAUCAAACUCAAUGACAGGAUGACAUUUGCAGAGGUGUUGAACCUUAACCGGUUUGUGACCCCAGAGUCUCCCACCAAGGAGCAGAAGGUGGAGGAUGCUGACAAGGUUACCAAACCCAGCGCUGUCACUAGUAAUGGUCCUACAGACAGCAGUGAUGAGGGUAUAGACGAGGGUAUCGAGGUGGAGAAUGGGCUGUCAGGGGCUUCCUCCAGCAGCGACACAUCUAGCCUCAGCAGUGAAGCUGCUACCAAUGACAAGAAUGCCAGGGAAUCAGUGUGUCAGGGCCCAUAUGAGUAUGAGUUGUUUUCGAUAAUGAUUUUCACUUGUGGUGCCGCAGGAGGCCACUAUUACAUGUGUUAUAUCAAGUCUUUCAAGGAUGGUCAGUGGUAUAGUUUCAAUGAUCAGCAAGUCACAAGGAUAACAUAUGAUGAUAUCCGGAAGACCUAUGGAGGUUCAAGUCUGGGGAGGGGCUUCUAUUCCUCUGCUUAUGCAAGCUCUACAAAUGCCUACAUGCUCAUGUACAGACAGAUUGACAAGCUCAGAAAUGCCGAGUGCAUGGUGCCAGAUGAAUUCCCACAACACCUGAAGAUGGCGCUGCAGAAACAACAGGAGCAGGAAGAGGCAGAGAGAAAACAGAGGGAGAUAGACAAGUCUACCUGCAAGAUAAAGCUGUACUGUUUCCACCCAAGCAAUAAGAAGAAGAUGGAGUCCAAGUUUGAAGUUCAUAAGGACAAGACACUGAAACAAGCCACGGAAAUGGCCUACAAGUCGUUCGAUAUCGAGGAUGUAAUAGCUCUGUCGGACUGCCGCCUGGUGAAGUACGAUGAGUACUCCGACUCACUGGAGAAGUCAUUUGAUGGAGAGGAGGACAGCUCCAUGGGCUGUCUGCUGGGAGGGGUCAAGUCCUGCUACAACUUCGACCUCCUGCUGGAGACCAAGCGUCCUGACCAGAAGUUCCAAGAGUACAAGCCAGGAGGUGUGACAGUGAAGGUGUAUGUUGUGGACACCAAGAAGGGAGAGAUCCACUCUCCGGUCAGUGUGCGCGCCUACCAUGUCCAAACGGUCAGCGAGUUCAAGAACCUCGUCACACAGACAUUGGAACUUGAGUCCACGGAGAUGACAUGUGUCUUGGAAAGAUUCCACAAUGACCUUAGACCUCUCACAGUGCCAAACAAAACGCUAAAAGCUGAAGGCUUUUUCAAAAGUAAUAAGGUGUACGUCCAAUACCCAAUGGAUGACGAAGAUGUGUACACCCCAUUCCUCAAGACCAAAUUCUACCAGCUGUUGGACCGACAUCAGAACACAAUUCGCAUAAACGUCACCAUCCCCACACCAGAGGAUGUGAAAGACUACGUCAAAUCUAGCCAGCAGAGUCUCCUGCGUCGACAGCAGCUCACUCUACAGGACGAGCCCUCCUCCAUGUGCAAUGAUGCCACAAGUGACUCCCCUGAUAUCGAUGAGGGGAUCAGUGACCCUGUGGAUGGAAUAGAUCAUAAAAUGCGGGCCAUGGCUAUCCAUGGUUGCCAUAGUGACCCUUCUGUGUAUCAUAGUUGCCAAGACAACAGUGACAUCUCUCCUCAGGAGUCUGGGUCUGAGGGUCGCAGUAGCAGUCCCGUAGGACCCAGCACAAGUAGUCAGGAAACGAGUACAAGUGCGGAGUUUAGUCUCACCACGAAUUACACCAACAAUGACGGUCAGUCCACGUCGCCGGACGAUCUUCAUCAGCUAAGUGAUAAGGGCUCUGGUGCCGUGGAGCACAGUUUUAGUGACCCGGAGCAGGUGUCCCCACCGUGUCAGGUGUCACCAAAUGGCGACUCAGGUGACAAAGAUAGUGACUUCAAGCCUGAGGAGAACUGGGACCUGGAGAUAGGGGACACAGCAGACAGUGUGUGUUCAAGUAUGUCGGGGAAGGAGGUGAUGGAAGAGGAGGAGGAGGAGACAGAACCACAACGCUACUUCACCGCCAUGCCCAGCGACCCACUGCCAGACACUAACCAAAGAAGUAAGUCUUGUCUUGUUUACAAAGUAUAA